GCUGGGAGGGUCUUCCUGGAGGCGGACGAGCAGGCAGGAAGGGGGUGGCUGGAAAUGUUUCAGCUAGAGAGUUAAGCAGACAGUCUUUUCCUCCACUGUCGUGGAAAGAAAAACCCUGUCUAGGCAUGGGCCUGAGCACACAGCACUGAGAAGGGAAUGAAAACUAUACACAUGGUGAUUAUCUUUAGACAGAAAGUAAUUAGAAGAAGUCGGACUACCGACACAGACUCUGUGGUGGAUGUUAGAGAGACUGAGGAGCUCCAGCACUGCAUGAGAUCACCAACAGAAAGUGCCUUUCAGACAACAUCUCCAACUUGAACCWGCUCUGGUCCAUAUGUGCAUGGAAAGCCAACGCUCCCUUUAAGGCCAGGUCUGAGCUGUGACAGAGGAUACCUCAGCUGCAAAUCUUCAGUAGCCUCCAAUUCAAUUCUGAACGACUCCAGUGGCUAAGAAAUCCAAGAGGAAAGCAUUAUUGUGGAGAGGAGAACUGUCAAAGCACAAAGAGCUGACAAAUUAGAAGUUGGCAAAGUCAAUACCAAGCACAUCUUCGUUAAUAUUCUAUCAAAGAGCUCCAUUGCCUCGAAAUACUAUAUUGARAGUGUUCUUGUCAGUGGAGGAGGAGAGACACUUGGGGGUGUCACAGAGCAAGCCCCUCAACCUUUUCAGAGGUCUGCCAUAGGUGCAAACUGAUUGAUGAGUGAUUGAUCGUUAAUCGAUUAGCCUUCCUCCCGGCUUAUGCUGCGAGGGCCUGUCUAGUUGCUACAUAUGAUUUGAGAACUUUUAAAACACAAAUCAAACAGAGCCAAAAGUUGUGAACUUUUUUACGUGAGGCCAUUUUUGAGUUAGAGUCAACCGAUAUAUUGAACUUGCAGCGUUCAAUUGGAACCUCUUAAUAUGGCUCUGAAUAUAUCUUCGAUAAGAGACACAAAAUGGCUGACGUUGGAAGUUUGUCGGCAGUUUCAGAGAGGAACUUGCUCACGGAGUGAUGAGGAAUGCAAAUUUGCACACCCACCAAAGAGCUGCCAGGUUGAAAACGGAAGAGUUAUUGCCUGCUUUGACUCGCUAAAGGGUCGAUGUUCAAGAGAAAACUGUAAGUACCUUCAUCCACCUUCGCAUUUAAAAACCCAGCUAGAGAUUAACGGACGCAACAACCUCAUCCAGCAGAAGACGGCAGCAGCCAUGCUAGCCCAGCAGAUGCACUUCAUGAUCCCAGGCACGAGCAUGCAGCCUGUAGUAAGUUACUCAUAUUCAGUACCUACGUUCAAUAUGAACCAGGGGCUUGGUACAAGCCCUGGUCUCAGCUACUCUCCAUAUCUUACUCCCAUGACCUCUAUGAGCCACGGGAUGAGCCUGAUGCCCACCGAGAUGCUCCCCAGUACCCCAGUGAUGGUCCCUGGAAGCCCCGGUGUCACAGUCCAGAGCUCCAACUCGUCCUCCUCUUCCCCCUCACAGAAGCUGCUGCGCACCGACAAACUGGAGGUGUGUCGCGAGUUCCAGCGGGGGAACUGUGCGCGAGGCGAGACUGACUGCCGCUUCGCCCACCCCAGCGACAGCCCCAUGAUCGACACCAGCGACAACACAGUCACCGUCUGCAUGGACUACAUCAAGUCGCGCUGCUCCAGGGAGAAGUGCAAGUACUUCCACCCCCCUGCUCACUUACAGGCCAAAAUCAAAGCCUCUCAACACCAGGUCAACCAAUCGGCCGUGGCAGCCCAGGCAGCAGCUGCAGCCAUGACUCAGUCGACUGCCAAAGCAAUGAAGCGACCCCUCGAGGCAACUGUAGACCUGGCGUUCCCCCAUGGCUGCCUGCAGCCCCUACCAAAGAGACAAGCACUGGAGAAGAGCAACGGGGCCAGCUCCUUCUUCAACCCCAGUAUGUUGCACUACCAGCAGGCUCUGGCCAAUGCACAGCUCCAGCAGACGUCUGCGUUCUAUCCCGCAGGCAGAUAUAUCAGUGCUUCCAGAUUACAUCAUCCAGGGUCAGUGUUUUGCAUGUCUCCUGCUACCGGCAUUGAUCAUCCUAAAGUAACCUACAAGAAAGGAACAGAGUGUCAAGACGCUCCCCUUAGAGGCCCUAAACAGCCCUUCUGUAAAUACUACUUUUGCUCCACACGAGAACUACAGCAACCUGCAUGCUGAGAAGAAGAUUACUGAGGAAAUGUAGAACAUUGAGCUAUGUUAAAAUAUACAAAUUAUAUACCUGUAUUGCUAGGACUAAUCUCGUUACUGAUAUGUAAAUGACUGAUUUAUUAUAUGUAUACACACAUGAUUGGAGAUUGUGAAGAUUUAAUCGUAAAGGUAUUCAACGAUGACUUUUAUUUCCUUUUUAAUGUUUUGUUAAAAGUGCACAACACUCAUCUAAUUCAAAAUGUAAUUUUUUUAGCAGAAAAUGAUUGUGCAUCUAAGUGCUUGAUUGCUUUUAUUUAAAACACAGACCAUUGGAAAGCACUCUUGUUUAUACACCGUAUACAAAUUACAUUUGGCUUGUGAGUGUCCUUCUUGCUCUUGUAAAGGACGAAUGUGACAGAGGAUAGCAUGUUGUUGUUUACCUUGUGGUUAUUCUCUGAGUACAGGAUCACUGCUCCCCCUCCUGGUGUGCCUUGGCCUCUCUACGGAGGAAUAACCAAUUGAGUGAGCCUCAGCAAACCCAAUGAUAAUUGCAGAAAAUGAAUUAAUGUACCUUAUGGCAGUGAUAUAAUCAGCCACUAAUUCCAGAAAUGAUAAAGGAAUCUAGCUACCACGGUUUCCAAGUUUCUGUCUGCGCUGAACUGUUUGCGCUAUGUCUCUUCGGUCAAGGUUUUAGUUGAGCCUUGUCUUGGCAUCCAUCAAAUAAACACCAUAUACCAGAUGUUGUGCCAAUGACCUAGCAGAGUGAUGGGUGGGCUGAAAAUAAGCCACUUUAGAGGAACUGAAAGGCUGAGUGAGUGUCUGCCGAGCUGUCACAGACAUGUGACGGGUUAGGUGGUCAGAGUGCAGAGGCCACAGACAUUAAAGAGGGAGCAGAAUGAUAAGACUUCAAAAGGAAAGACAUGUGGUGAUCCUUUGUUAAAAAGGAUGAMGUACACGUGCAAGGAAACCUUGCGGUGACUCGAGGUCACUUAAUAAUCCUGUCUUAUUUGAACUGUAGAAGUGCCUAAAGUAAUGUACAUAACAAGCAUCUUGAAAAGGCUCUGUGUGAGAAAUAUUCAACUUUGAGUAGAAAACCCCUCAGUUUCGCAACGUACUCCAUGGCCUCACAAUAAAUACAAUGAACAACUGUUUGUGUGAGGUGAA